AUGGCCGACCUUUUGGAAGUCUUCCAUCAGCUACGCAAAUGUGACAUGCGACUCAAUCCAGAAAAAUGUGUAUUUGGUGUAUCGGGAGGAAAAUUCCUCGACUUCAUGCUAUCGGCGAGAGGCAUCGAAGCCAAUCCCGAAAAAUGUCAGGCGGUCAUCAGUAUGAGGAGUCCCCAGAAUCUCAAAGAAGUUCAAAAGUUAGCUGGACGACUCAUAGCUCUAUCGAGAUUCCUUCCAUGUUUGGCUGAAAUAGCAAAACCCAUCGUUGGUUUGUUGAAGAAGGUAAAAAAGUUUGAAUGGUCUGUCGGUUGCGAAGAGGCUUUCCAGGCGUUGAAGCAACGCCUCGGCUCUCCCCCAAUUCUUUCGAAGCCCGAGCCUCAAGCGGAUAUGGUGGUAUACUUGUGCGUAUCAAACGAAGCAAUCAAUGCCGUUUUGGUACAAGAAAAAGAAGUGCAACGGCCAAUGUACUUCAUUAGUCGAAUGCUGCAGGAAGCAGAGACGAGGUAUCAGCUCCUAGAAAAGGUGGCACUCGGACUUGUUCACACAGCUCGUCGCCUCCGGCAGUAUUUUCAAAGUCAUCAUGUCAUAUCGAAGGGCCACUUUGUAAAUGACUUGUUGACAAUACAUGUGGACGGGUCCUCUAACAACCAAGGCAUUGGAGCUGGAAUCAUCCUUGAAGGACCGAACGGGCUGUCAUUCGAGCAAUCUUUGCGAUUCGCGUUCAAGGCUUCAAAUAACCAGGCCGAGUACGAAGCGUUGCUGGCAGGUUUAAGGCUUGCUCAAGAGAGAAUGCGUAACACUUUUGAUGAGGUCCAGGUGAAACACACCCCCAGAGAACACAAUGAGAGAGCUGAUCAGUUGGCUCAGUUGGCUAGCAGUAAUCGAAAACCGCGGCAACUACAAACCACACUUCAUCUCGACCUGUCAGCCCCAAGUGUGAACUCGGUUGAAAACAUGUCGAUCUCCGAUUCUGCUCAAACUUGGAUGUCAGAAAUAAAAGAUUACACUGUUAGAAAACUACAAACACAAGCAGCUCGAUAUUCGGUUGUAGGAGGGGAACUAUACCGAAGAGGCUUCUCAACACCAUUGCUGAAAUGUAUUGACUCGGCGCAGGCAGAGUAUGUGUUGAGAGAAAUCCAUGACGGGAUUUGUGGUUCCCAUUUGGGUGGAAGAACCAUGGCGGCUAAAGUCUUGAGAGCAGGUUAUUACUGGCUGACUCUUAGGACCGAUUGUGCGGAAUUUGUUAAACGAUGUAUUUAA